UCGGCGAAAUUCACACUUCCGUAAACUCCAUUAGAGUCUGAGACAAUAUUUCAUAUUUCAAUGGAUAUUCCUUAGAAGAAUAAUUCUGGAAAUAUUUCUUACUGCAUGUUUUAUAAAAACUAUGUUUUGGAUAUAUGACCAAGAUAUAUGAAAAUCAGUGAUGUGGUAACAGAACGAUGUCCUAAUCUACCAUCAAUAUGCCAUAUUUUGAGAGCGGGGAUGACAGAGAAAUUAAAAUCGAUUUGAUGUUGAAACGUUCGCAAGGGAAAAAGAAGAUUUUGACCGCUGUUAAUUACAAAGAACGCGUGUUUGUAUUAACACCUAAGCAACUACAGUACUAUGAAGGCACUAAAGAGAAACGUGGCAAAAUGAAGGGUACAGUUGAACUUAUCAAAGUGAAAGCAGUUGAAGCUGUUGAUGAUAACGCAUUUGAUAAAGCUCAUUGCUUUCAGGUGGUUUAUCAUGAAUAUAUUCUAUACAUUAUUGCAAAUAAUGAACAACAGAAAUCUGAAUGGAUUGCUGCAAUUCAAGAUGAAUGUCGAAAGAACAAGUUUCUGCUGUCAUAUUUCCAUUCUGGAGCAUAUGUGAACAAUCUAUGGACAUGUUGUAAUAAACCUGACAAACCAGUUCCUGGUUGCAGAGAAACAUUUAUUUCAUUGGAGAAAAAAGGAAAUAAUUUUGCAGAUAAACCACUACCACCAUUACCAGGACGUCCUGUGGGAAAGGAGGGUCCAAAUGUUGUAGCUUUAUACAGUUUCAAAGGGCAGGAAAGUGAUGACCUCAGUUUUGAAAAGGGAGAUGAAUUUACAAUUUUGAAAUGUGAAGGGGAACAUUGGUGUCUUGCAAAAGACAGAUACGGGAGAAAAGGUUAUAUCCCAGUUAAUUAUGUUCGUCCAAAAGAAGGAUUAGGAACUGAAGUUUGGUAUUUUGGUGAUAUCAUGAGGCAUGUUGCUGAAGACAUGUUAAUUAAAGAGGGAAAAGAGGGUUGUUUUAUUGUCCGAAACUCAAGUAAAGAAGGCCUGUACACUCUGUCCGUUUUACAUGGUGACAGUGUGAAACAUUAUCAUAUCAAACAAGACGAAAACAACUUCUAUAAAAUAUCAGCAAGACACAGUUUUCCAACAAUCCCAGAGCUCAUCGAAUACCAUAAAUUAAACAGUGGAGGACUUGUGACAAGGUUGAGACAACCACCAGCGUCAGAUAACAGUCCUCCCACGGUGGGAUUAGCACACGACAAAUGGGAAAUUAAUCGUUCAGAAAUUCACCUUGGCAGUGAAAUUGGAACCGGACAGUUUGGGCGUGUGUUGCGUGGUUUAUGGAAAGACUCAAUUGAAGUGGCAGUGAAGAUGAUGAAACCAAGUACAAUGUCCGAGCAAGAUUUUAUUGAGGAAGCUAAAGUUAUGAAACUUUUCCAUCAUCCAAAUCUCGUCCAGCUUUAUGGAAUUUGUAGUCAGACACCAAUCUAUAUUGUGACCGAGUUUGUUCCAAAUGGUUGUCUUCUAAAUUAUUUGCGAAAGAAUCGGGAAAUGGUGCUUCGUAAAAUUACUGUGACAGCCGAGAUGGUUAUUCACGUCGCGUCUGCAAUGGCGUACUUGGAAAGUAAAAAUUUUAUUCACAGAGACCUGGCUGCAAGAAAUUGUCUCGUUGGCGCAAAUCGUUUGGUUAAAGUUUGUGAUUUUGGCCUUUCCAGGUUUGUUAUUGACGAUGAAUACACGGCUUCAGAAGGAACAAAGUUUCCAAUAAAAUGGGCAGCUCCAGAAGUUAUUAUGUACAGUAAAUUUAGUAGCAAGUCUGAUAUCUGGGCAUACGGUGUUUUGAUGUGGGAAGUGUUCAGCGCCGGUAGCUCGCCUUAUGCUGCCAUGGGUAACUCUCAAGUGGUUAAUUUUAUCAUGUCAGGCGAGCGGUUAAGACAACCAGAGAAAUGUCCAAAAGAUAUUUAUAGGGUAAUGCAAUCAUGUUGGUGCCAGGAAGCCGAACAACGACCAGCGUUUGGGCUGAUUCUUAGAAGACUUAAAGAAAUGUUAGGAGAAGAUUACGCUGACACAUUCGAAUGAGAAUGGGUGGGAAAUGCUAGUGUAGUUAACAUAUUUAGACAGUAUAAAGAUAGCACGGAAAAAUAAUUAUAUAUAACAUGCACUGAAGGGCUCUCUAUUUGUAAAUAAAUUAGACAUGAUCUUUGACAUUCCAGUAAUCCUAUGAGGUGCUGCAACUAACCUUAUAUAUAGUUCGUAAAUGCAGUCGUCCGCCAUUUUAGAUGGAAAAUUAAAAUACUCAAAGGCAUACCAACAAGCUGAGAUGCUCACAGUUUUGUCUGUCAUUUUAGAAAGGUCAUAGACUCCCUGGAUAUCUAGCAUUCAGUUGAAUAUACAGCUUUUCCACUCAUGAUGGUGUGUAAGAUUCGCCAUAUUGCAAGAGCCUAAUAGUAAUAUACCCAGGGUUGAAAUAUGCACUAAAAUUGCUUGCUGUAGAGGCUAACUUGGAUCCGAGAACCCUCGUUGUUUAUUGUACUGGUUGACGCACCCAAAAAGUGCGCUAAAUAAUAUAAGAAUUUAUAAUCAGUGUAGCUUCUUUUUCAAAGUUUAUGCAGGUGAAAGAAUUCAAUAUAUAGAAUGCGUUUCUCUACUUUUUUCAAACGGAAUUCAUUGACUGAGUUAAUCUAUUAUGAUAAGUGUAACGUUUGCCAAUAUGGCUUCCAUCUAAAACCGACCCUCGAUAAAAAACAUCGACAUAAACGAAUCCAAUGGUUUUGUUUUCAUGAUGCUCUGUUAUCCAAAUGCUUCUCAUUUCUUGCGUGGAAAGAUGAGUAUCGAUAUAUCAUGCACUCAUAAACGAGGCCUUUGGAGCCUGCAGGAUUUCAAUUAUAUAAAUAAUAGUCAUAAGAAAUUGUAAAUAGUGGUGUAUGUAUACUGAAUCAUAUUAUAAAGUUG